GAUUUGUCUUUAACUUUUCAUUCAUUUCAUGCUUCAUGUUAAGUUUAACAUCCUGAAACCGUUAAAUAUAGAGUGAAGAAAGUCUCAGAUAAUUGGCAUUUAAAUUUAACGAUGCUAAGAUCACACCAGUUGCGUUAUCUGACGACUGCCGUCAAGAAAAAGACCGCAACAAAAAGUCCAGUAAAGAGCCGAGUCCGUACCAUAAAAAAUCUUAAUUAUGAAAACAAAACAUUGUACGGAGCUGUGACCAAAGACCUAACAGUUACAAACAAUAAUUCAACUGAAACAAGCAACAGCGCAAUGUUGUCAUCGGAAAUGUAUUGGCUGCUGCAAAAGAAAAAUGUGCCAUCAAAAGCCAUUAGUUUAACGUCUACAAACAAUAAUUGCACACAGAAUACUGUUCCAAGUAAGCUAAUCCCUUUCAAAGACACUGAACUGAAGUCUCUUCCUACCUUUCCACUGGUACCUUCGACUACUGGCAUUCUGGAAAGUCAUUGGACUCGGCACCAGCAGUUCGAAAAUGAACAGUACAAAUCUCCCUCGGUGAAUAAAAUUCUAACUGCCACAAUGCCCGAAUCAGCUCGACAGGCUCUGUUGAAAUGGAAGGCUUCCAAAAUUGCCCUUCUGGGUGAGGAUGGUUUUGCCGAACUACAAAAAGCCACCUUUGAACGGGGCAUUAAUUUUCAUUCCUGUUUGGAAAGCUGGCUCAGCAUGGAAACUCCGGAUGAGAACAAGCUGCGUAAGGUGGAUAAACUGUGGACCAGCAUUGAUCCACUGUUGGAUAAAAUCCAUCGGCCUGCCAACAUUAUUGAGCGAAAGGUUUAUCAUCCGUUUCUGCACUACAAUGGUGUGGUGGAUUGUGUAUCAUGCAUUGACAAUCAACUACACAUCAUCGAAUGGAAAACUUCAGAAAAGCAAAAGAAGAACUUAUCAGGCACCUUCGAUGCACCUUUGCAACUGUGUGCCUACUUGGGAGCUUUAAAGGCCGGCUCAGCGGAACUCUCCGAGCUGGACGUCACAAAGGGAGCUGUACUUGUUGCGUACACCGAUGGAAAGCCUGCGCACAUUCACUCAAUCAAUCAAACCAAACUCAAACAGUACUGGUCCGCGUGGUUGCAACGGUUGCAGGAAUAUUGGAUACGAUAUCGAGACGAUAAUCUGCCAGAGCCUAUUUGAUCCUGGAGAUUUCAUUCCCAGUUAAGUGUAGACUUACGAUCGU